CUGCUCUCUCAUGCCGUCUGCUGCCAAUCAUGGACUGUGCCUGCUGUGCGCUGUACUAGACGGCAAAUCGCCACAGCUGCCUAGGCCAGACCGGAGAAAUGUUCAUGGUUCCGAGGCACACGACGAGCGGAGGCAGUAAACACCAGGUGUGUGAGCAUCCAACCCCAGCCAGUGCGGGAAGUCCAGGGCAGAGAGGCGAGCGACCAAAGUUGUCCCAAGCCGUUGACAAGAGCGGACCACAGAGCAAACUUUAAGGCUGAGUUGUCUGCUUGCCGGGACAAGUGAUUGGUUACGGCCCUUGACAAAGCAGUUGUUCGCUUGAAUGACUGGCCACGAUCAGCGCCAGAAUUUCCCAAGCCCACAUGACCUCUAGUGCGCUGGGCUAGCUGGGCCAGAAAUAUGGAUGACCCGUCGAGCACUAGGAGGAGCACUAAUUAGAAAAGUACUAAAAGCGGGAAGGAUCCCGCGGAACUAAUCAAGCAGUGGCAGGC